AUGGACCUCACCUGGGACUCAGAUCAAGAUUAUGAUGAUGGUGUAUACUACCACGUAGGAAGGGAUCUGGACGCGGAAGAUUUCGAUGUGCCCAUGUCGACGGAAGAUGUGAAGAUUGAGGGUAUUCAGCUAUGUGGAUUUGAUAACCAGACCCCAGAAAAAAUGAUCGACUUCGCCAAAGGAUCUGGAAGCAAAAGAGAUGCCCUUCCGCUGGCGGCCAGAAGUGUUGUAUGCGACAUCGAUGUCGGAGGAGCAAGGCCUAUCGCCCUGAAGUUGCAGAUCCAGCUCAGGGAGAAGCUGGUAGACUUGACCAAGGGUCUGUCAUCUGCCAAGAUGAUUAGUUACCCUAGAUCACCGUGUGCUUCCCCAAUCGUGGUGAUCAUCAAGAAGAACGGAGUGGAUGUCAUGUUGUGA